ACUAUCCACAUAACUGCCUCCUUUAAAGAUCAUGUGCUCAUUUCUAUGCUAUUAAAAAACAAAAAAUCUUUUAAAAAGGUUUGUCUGUAAACGUGACUGCCUGUACGAUCUAAAUUUUCGAAACAGCUGAACUGACAUGGUAUUUUACAGACAUGAAGAAAGGUGACCUAGACCAGUAUAUCUUAACUUAAAAAUUCAAAUAAUACUAAUUUAGCUUGUUUGAUACCGGUACACAAAAAAAGCAAUCACUUUACGAUGUAUUUUUCGAAAGUGAUCUCAAAUCUGGUUCCAGACUAGUCCUAAAACAUCAAAAUUUCAGGAUAUCCUGAUCUCAAAUCUAAACAAAGUCAAAUUGACAACAUUUGGACUUUGGCUUUAAAUGUUAAUGUGCUGGGACAAUUAUUAGAUCAGAUUUUAACGAGAGUGGUGAAAUGGCUACCCUUUUGGUUGUUUUGUCAAUUCAUUUCUCAAAAAUUGCUCUUUGUAAGUUUUGAGAUUGGGAUUUCUGAAAAUAUCGAUGUACUAAUGCAAUUCUAAAGUCAAAUCUGAACUCAGCGUCACAGGUUGCGUUUGGUGGUGAUUGGCUUUUUGUGUUUUCUUUUAAUACUUAAUUUCGUUGACCUAUAGUAAUAAUACAUAAUAUGCAGAUCUACUAUUAAUAAUCUAAAAUUAUGAGUGUUCUAAUGUAAUUAAACAGAAAAAAUUAACUCUUAAUCAAUUUAAAUUAACCCCUUCGGUGAUUUUUCUAUGCGUCCUUUGAGAAACGUUGAUUCAGGCUACUGUUACGUAAUUGAAGACACAGUUGCAUCUUCAAUAAUGACCAAUAAGGUGAUGUUUGUUUCCGAGAUAUAUGCGUAUAUCUGGAAGUACUGGUUUUAUAAAAAAAUAUAAUCAAAUUUUUAGGGGUUAUUUAUUCUUGGCAACUAUUACUCCCCUUCCAAAUUUCUUCUCUAAAUUUUUGAUUUGAGUUUCGAUUUUGUAUUACCAUCAUCAUCAUUGUAAGGUCUACAGCCCAACAACUGGUUCACUGGUUCACUGGGUCACAUUUCUCUAAAUCUAAUCUAGGUCUACCUCAGGCCCUUUUGACUGCUGCUUCUGUUCUUAAUAUGUCUCUAAGUAACCCUUUAUGCCUGAGAAGGUGUAUCCUACCAAUCUUUCUCGCCUAUUUUUUUUAUUGACAUCAGUAACUCCAUUUGUUCUCCUACUCUUUCUCAUUUCUAACCUUAGAGUAUUCUUACAAUCCCAUAACACUACAUCUAAACACAUUUCUCCUGCUGCGUCCACCGUCCACGUUUCACUCCCAUACAGAGCCGUGCUGUGAACAUAUCACACUAUACAUCUUCAAUAACCGUUUUGAAAUUUCCGAAUCUCGCCACCGAUUUUUUAUUGCUUUACUCUUUAUUUUAUAUCUUUUCCAUCACCCAACUUAAUUUUUUCAAGUACAGACCUGUUUAUUAAAUAACAUCCAGUGUAAUACAAAGUCUAUCGAAAUUAAAAACAAAUGUGAAAUUUUCAAAGUUUAAUUUAUUUUAUACCUACUUUCAGAUUAUUUCAAGAAAGAAAGUGGCAUUUACCUAUACUAUUAGGCAGUUUGAAACUCAAAGUAUUUAUACAUUUUCAAAAUGCAAAUUUCACACCUUGCAUGCUAAUUCAACUGUUAUCUUUACCCUCCUACCUCGUAGGUAUAAAAAAAAAUCAUUUUUAACUUUCCCCUACGUCUGCUAUGAAAACUAGGUGCUUAGCUCCUACACGCCGUUCUGUCUAGGGCCGUAUAAGGGCCAACCAUCGACCAAUCACAAUCAACACUACUUUCGAGCCCUAGUUGAAAUGGAGGGGUAUAAAACGUAUAAAUCCUAACACCCCUUUUUACUACUUAGUUUGCAAAAGCGCCACUAAAUGAAUAUUGCGCAAUUAAUGAUCAUGGUAAAUUAUAAUAACUAAUGAACUUGCUAUUUCGCGGUGUGCUGUUCCAUGGUACGUUAUGUUCAAUGGAUUUACGUGUUUGAGUGGGCAGAGUUCCGACUCCUACAUUAGAUCAGAAAAUGAAUCAAUAUUCUGACAACUGCAACCUCAGCUUAUACGACGAUGGAGAUGAUUCCGGAUACGACAUGUCAUUCAAAUCCGAAACAAGUGAUUUCAGCGACGAUCGCAGCGACCUGCUAGAAUACGACACAUUAACUUCCACCCCGAAGAAAAAGUUCACCCUCGAAGAAGCCUCAUCUCCACAAAAAUUGUACGAGAAAUUCACUCAAGCAUUCCAUAGCACACUAAAUUCGUACCAACCGGAGUAUUACUCGAAUUCAAAAUCGAACGAAAUAGCAGACAUAUUUUCUCCAAUUCCGUGCCUUACAAGUCCGAAUAUUAAUGAAGAUAAAACUUUAUCGACAUCAGUAACAGCGGAAACCACUUAUCCACAUUCUAUUUCGAAAGUGGGACUUCCCCUAGAUGAAUAUUACAAGGAAUCAAAACCGAGGCGCAAAUAUGCAUCCGGAAGAAGCAGAGUAUCUCGUGUAAAAAGUCCUACGCAGCUCAUAAAAAUUAAAAAAACAAGACGUAUGAAGGCUAACGACAGAGAAAGAAACCGAAUGCACAUCCUAAACGAAGCCCUGGAUCGUUUAAGGUGUGUACUUCCAACGUUUCCCGAAGAUACGAAACUGACCAAGAUCGAAACUUUACGAUUUGCUCACAGCUACAUCUGGGCGUUGAUGCAAACGUUAAACAACAUCGACAAGCCCAAAUUCGACGAGGACAUCACUAUAAACGUUGGAAAUGUAACAGUAUCUAUUAACAGGAACGGAAAUUGCAUUACAUCGAAAAAUUCCAAUGGACAAUUUUCAAAUGCCGUUGUCACAAGCGGAAGUAUAACAAAUGCGAGUUUCAUGCAAGAUUACGACUCAAGAUCGGACUCUCAAAUGUCCUUCACUAACGAAUUCGAAACUGUCGGAAUCGCCGUUGACAAUGAAACAUUUGCACCAGCAAAAUAUGCAAAUGAUUCUUAUUCAGAUGCUUAUGUUUAUGAGGCGGAUAAAACCCGUUACUUCAACAACAUGAUGUAUGAGUGCCUUUAAUGAAGGGAAGAAUUAUAAAUGCUAUAUAGGUGUUCGAUCGGACAUGCAUACAUAUGUAAAUUUAAUGUAGCAGUUGUUGCUUUAAAGAGGUACGUGCCUAGUACCUACUAAACGGAACCAAUGAUCUCGAAGUCUAGUCAACUAAAUUAAAAAAAGUUUAUUUUUAUGUAUUUCUGAA